AGACUAUUUGUCUUUAGGGUAGUUUUAUAUCUCUUCAAGAGUGUAUACUCUUGAAGUACUCACUUCGUUCAAAAAAAAACUUUCUACACUUCACUUUUUUGGACGUCCCAUUUUUUCCAUUCUUAGUAAUGAACAUGUGAACGUAAUAUUUCUCUCUCAUCUAAACAUAUUCUAACCAUACUUUUGAAGUACUCACUUCGUUGUGAUUUUUAGGGUAUUUGACUAUUUAUUUUUUGUUCUGCCCUCCUUCUUAGGGUAUUGUUGCCUUGGAAACGGAGCAUGGCACUAUUCGAGUAAAGCUUUUGCCUGAAUGCUCCCCACGCUCAAUAAUGUACAUCCUGGAGCUGCUAUCAUCGCGCCACUGCGCAGGCUGCCGAUUUUAUCGUGCAGAAGGUAGAGGGGAAGUUUGGGAUUCACAAGGGAAUCACAUCAAAGAUGCGUCCUUCGGUCCACCCUAUGCCUUAGUUCAAGGAACUCUUGAAGCCCAAGGAGUGGCAUUCAACGACAUUCCCGAUGAGUUCUGCCCAACCAUAACCCGGGGCUCAGUGGCCUGGAUUGAGUCGGGCCCUGAGUUCUUUAUCAGUCUAUCCAACCAUCGAGAGUGGACAAACACAUAUACCGUGUUUGGUUCAGUUGUAGCAGAAGACAUGGAAAUUGUCGAGAGAAUUGCCCAACUACCCACCAAACCCGAUGUUUGGAAUGGGGUUAGCGUGUCGGUCUUGGAGAAACAUGUUCCCCUUAAGGUUCGGAGAAUUGAAAUCGCCCGCAGUUGAGAGAGGGAGUGUGGAUUUGGGAAGUUUGAACACAGCAAUUGCCAAUUUACCACUGGGAGUAAUGUACAUUAGGUUGUACAUGAGUAAAUUUCAGCUGUGUGUAUAUUUUGGGGUUUUGAGUCAAGGUUAGAAGCAAUAUCCACCAGAAUAUAUGAGAAUUAUAUAU